UCUCCCUCCCUCCCCACCAUAUCUCUCCACUGUCUUUAAAAGCCGAAAGACAGGGGCAAAAGGGGAAAAUAAACAAAUCUCAAAUUCUCUCUUCGAACGAGAUGCAUCUGACUGUAACUCAAAAGCCAUGGUUCCUGGCUCUCUCCGUCGGCGCGAUUUUCGCCUCCGCCCUUCUCAUCUCCACCCUCACGCGAGCCACCGACCACUCCUUCCUCUGCUCGCUCUCUCCUUACUCGCGAGCCACCGACACUACCUCCGUCCAGCUCAACGCCAUCCUCCACUACGCCACGUCACGCAUCGUCCCCCAGCAAUCCAUCGAUGAGAUCCGCAUCUCCUUCGACGUUCUCAAGCGCGCUUCUCCUUGCAACUUCCUCGUCUUUGGUCUCGGCCAUGAUUCCAUCAUGUGGAACUCCUUCAAUCCACGUGGCACCACCCUAUUCCUCGAGGAAGACCCCAAGUGGAUCCAGUCCGUCUUAAAGAACGCCCCCUUCCUCCGGGCCCACACAGUCCGCUAUCCUACGCACCUCUCCCAGGCUGAUGAGCUCCUCCAGUUCUACAAAUCCGAGCCCGCCUGCCUCCCCCCGAGCGUGCAGCUCAAAGGGAAUCAACGGUGCAGAUUGGCCCUGAGCGAUCUGCCGGACGAGGUGUACGACAAGGAGUGGGAUCUGAUCAUGGUCGACGCGCCGCGUGGGUAUGCCGGCGAUCUGCCCGGCCGGAUGGGGGCGAUCUUCACAGCCGCGACGAUGGCGAGGAAUCGGCGAGGAGAGGGCGUGACGCACGUGUUCCUGCACGACGUGGAUCGGAGGGUGGAGAAGAUCUACGCUGAGGAGUUCCUCUGCAGGAAGUAUCGGGCCCACGCCGUCGGGAGGCUGUGGCAUUUCGAGAUCCCGCCGGAGAGGAACGUGAGCACCGGCACGGGGUUUUGCUAAAAUGAGCCGCGGCGCGAACGUUUAGAUUAUGAGGUUUUUUCCCUAAAUUAUUAUAUUAUUUUUGGGAUUUUUUUACCGAGUUUUGGAAAGUGCGUGUAUCUGAUAAUUCCUCAUACGUACACAAUCACGAUUAAUCUCGUUUUAGGAAAGAAAUUUGAAGAUUA